AUGACCUCCUCGAAAAACUUGGAUGAAUUCAUGAAGACUAUCGGACUUGGUCUGAUCACUCGCAAAGCCGCCAACGCGGUGACUCCCACCGUAGAGCUCAAGAAGGACGGCGACGCGUACGUGCUGGUCACCUCAUCCACCUUCAAAACCACAGAGAUGAAGUUCAAGCCAGGUGAAGAGUUCGACGAGGAGCGGGCUGACGGUGCUAAGGUCAAAUCGGUGUGCACCUUCGAAGGCAGCACUCUAAAGCAGGUCCAGAAGGCUGCCAAUGGUGUGGAAGUUACUUACGUGAGAGAGUUUGGACCUGAAGAAAUUAAUCUGUAA